AUGGUAAGGCCGAUGGCAUCUCCUGAGAACAAGCUGCUCGGUAUGUGUUUCGCAUCAGCGGUUUCAAAGAGCACCAUGAACGUAAACGACGUGGUCGCUAGGACAGGGACGUACAGCAUGUACGCUGCGCUGGCGCAAUGCUGCCCUUCCUGUGUGCGACUGAAGGACGUCCAUUGUGGUCGCCAUGGCGUGUCCGAGGUGGAGUUCACCAAGUGUUUGGACAAGAAGGGGUUCACAAAGAUGCGGGACCGGAGGAAGGGAGCUCGACCGUGCCGGUUCGACCCCACCAAAGCUGGGCUCUUCCUCUUCAGCAACAGGGUCUGGAAGAGUCCCGACGAUCCAGAGCAGCUCAAAGAGUUGAAGGAGAGCUGGGCGAUCCUGUGCAAACAGUUUCCUUGCUUCGCCAUGGAUUGCUCGCUGGAUAAGUUCCUUGGAGUCUGCAGGCGAUUUCAUGAUGGCUGGUUGCCUUACGCAUGGCGAGGUAACCAAAUGAAGUCAUUCGGCGACAAGAUUGGAACUUUGACAGCACGAAAUGAAGCUGAGUGUACUCAGCUUGGCCUCCCCAGCAUCUCUGUAGCGGACGUAAAGCCUGCACUCAGCUCAUGUCAAAAUCCUGCUGCUGUCAAAGCUGUAGUACAGGACACGGUUCGCUCUGUCUCGACGGCUACUAUCCAGCAAGCGACUCAAGCUUCAGUUUCGGUCAAGGAGGAGGCAUACGACAUGAAGGAUGACUCGUCCACGUCCAAGUCGCUGUGGGACGACGCAGUUGAUAAUUUCUUCGGGACCGAUUGGAACUCGCAAGAAGGGUUUGAGAUGAGCGAGCAGGACGAGAAUGAGCGAUUGAACAUCCUGGAGGUUAGGGGCAAGGACAGCGAGCGGAGCUGCCUCUCGUUCUUCCCAGGCUUCGACGGGUUCCAGCAGUGUGAGGGCAAGGGAGGAGAAACAACUAGCGUCAAGGGAGAGGCCGAAGCAUAUUCCCUGGAGCCCUUCGAUGCGAUAGAGGAGGAUGAUAUACCGCAGCCCUCCUUGGUGGUAAACACGAGGUUCGCGGCCUUGAGACCGAGUGCCCUUGCAUGA